CACUACCCGAGCCUUCUCAGGGUACGGCAAAGGCAAUUGAGAGCGCGGAAAAGACUAUCGAGGACAGUGUUGGACGUCAGAUUAAUGAGACAAAGACUGGGGAGGAACCCACCCGUCAUUUUGAAGGGGCAUUCCAGUCGCCAUUAUCAAUCGCAACUGUGGCCUUCACGGAACUCAAUAUCAAUGUAUGUUUUGACGUUGUCCCUCCUUUCUUUUGCGGUUAUUUACCAUAUGCAGAAAGAAUAUCUCUGCGAAGCCUUCCUCGGCAUUGAUAAAGACAGUGUUAGACACGAGGUGGGACGGGUGGUCCGCAGCGUUAAAACCAAUGACGAAUACAAGUCCCGUCCUUACAUGGUUGGUCCACGAGGCCAUGGGUUUGCUGAAGCGAUUUUACUUAUUCGACCGUUCCGGAAGGGACUUAGUCCCGAAGGAGGCUUCUUCUGGGCCUACGAAGGGUCUCACACGCUGAGCCCCCUUGAAUUUGAACGACGGCGGCAAGAAGGUAGUCUAAAACUGGUACCACUCAGUGUGGAGCUGGGACAGGUCCUAGUAUUAUUUUCAACUCUGUGGGUCGAGUUUCCAGAAAGUCACAGGGAUGUCUCUGAUACUUUUGUCUGUCGGGGAUACAAACAUCAAAUUACUAAGCCUGUUAUCGACCCUAAUCUGCCUGGAUAUGUCUCUGACGAUGAUGUUCUUCCCUUUAUGCGGUUGGCUCGUCGGUGA